AUGAAAUAAAAAAAAUAGGAAGAAAAUGAAAGUGUUUAUUUUAACUUCUGCUGAUUUAUAAGCCAUUAAAGCUGUAACAAUCUCUUUGUGCACAGACUACUACUAAAGAGACACAAUUGUUUUUCUAGCUAACAUUUUUUACGUCGUUCUCAGAUUCAAAUUUCGAAAUCAAUGUAGCUUUGUUUUAUUUGAAUUAAGUUUGCAAUUUAUCACGAUAUUACUGGGUUUUAUUUUUGAAAUUCAAACCGGAUGUUUUGUCUAGGCUUUGGUUAGCGUAGCUCUGAAGUUUUAGCAUGCAGACUCCGAGCUGCAGUCCGGCUGACGUGUGUGAAAUAAGGAGCAGAGGCUGAAACCACGAAGAGGUUUUAGUUUCUAAACUUUUAACCGUUUGAAGAUGUUCUCAUCGGUCUGUAAUUUUAUCAAACGACACAAGAAGAAAUUUAUUUUCACCGGAGCUGUGGUCGGAGGAGUUUACCUGCUAGGUAAAUAUGCCCAGAAGAAGAUCAAGGAGGUCCAGGAGAAGGAGGCGAGUGAGUACAUAGCCCAGGCCAGAAGGCAGUUCCACUUCGAGAGCAACCAGAGAACCUGCAACAUGACAGUUCUGUCGAUGCUUCCUCCGCUCAGAGAGGCUAUCGUCACUCAGCUCAACUCCGAGAGUCUGACGGCGAUGCUGAAAACAAAACCGGCCAACAAGCUGGAGAUCUGGGAAGAUUUAAAGAUCAUCAGCUUCACCCGGACCGUCGUGGCCGUCUACAGCACCUGCAUGCUGGUGGUUCUCCUCAGGGUGCAGCUCAACAUCAUCGGGGGAUACCUGUACCUGGACAACUCUGUGGGGAAGAGCGCAGCGAGUCCUCUGACGCCUCCGGAUGUCCAGCAGCAGUACCUGUCCAGCAUCCAGCAUCUCCUAGGAGACGGGCUGACGGAGCUGAUCUCCAGGGUGAAGACGGCGGUGCAGAGCUCCCUGGGCGGGGUGUCUCUGAAGCAGAGUCUGUCCCUGCUGGAGCUGGAACAGCAGCUGAUCUGGAUCCGAGCCGAGGUGGACUCUGGACGCCCGCUGUCCUCCUACAUGCUGGCGGACGAUGAGGACGUCCUCGCCGACCAGGCGUGCGGCUUAACGGAGAAUGACCUGGUGACCAUCAGACUGCUGAAUGAGACCAGAGACAUGCUGGACAGUCCAGAUCUGAGCAAAGUUCUCAGCGCCUGUCUGAACCGCGGUUUCUCUCGUCUCCUUGACAACCUGGCCGAGUUCUUCCGGCUUCCUGUCAGUGACUCCGCCCCCGACAGCCUGUCUGCCGUCAGCCUGCCGCUGGCCAAGAUCAUCCCCAUCAUCAACGGUCAGAUCAACUCCGUCUGUAGUGAAACUCCCAGCCACUUUGUUCAGGACCUGCUGCUGAACGACCAGGUGAAGGAGUUUGCCGCCAUCGUGUACGAGACGUUCAGCACGCCGCAGGAGCUGCAGAAGUGAUCUGUGAGGAAGAGGAGGAAACAAGUCGGACACUGAGGCUGCUGGGAGCAGUGCAUCCUGGGAAGUGGAGUCUUUCAGCUGCUGCGGCGUUCACAGCUGAUGAAUCUCCCACGCCGGACUCUUCUGGGACGAUUUUAGGUUGUUUUCUGAGUUGUUGUGCGUUCGUUAUGGAUCCAGAUGUUGCUGCUGAGGGUUUUAGACCUUCUGAAGAUUAAAACACAUUUAAUAAAACCUCUAAACUAAACAUGGAAACUACAUCUGACAUGUUUCUUUUGGAUGUGUAAAUUCUGCAACCUGCAGUUCACAUUGUGGCCAGAGGGAGGCAGGCUACUCCACCCUUAAUGUUGAUAAGAAACAGAAAGCCGUUUCAUUGUCACUAUUUGUGUAUGUG